CGCAUGCUACUAGUCCGCGGGCUAAUACGAGUUCGGUCGGCCGUCAGGGACGAAAUGAUAACCCUGUCAAUGCUGGGGCAGAUAAAGAUAGGGUAGUGAUGUGAACAAGGUCUAGCUCCUUCGAGGGCAUAUCGUCCAUUCCGUGAUUAUAUGACAUCCAUGUCAAAAUCUCGGUAUACGUAUUACAGGGUCCCAAGCCGCGAAGGGGGCGCUUAAUGGCUUGAUCCUUCUCGAAUUACUAUGUUACCACAAGAUGGAUUCACCUAAGCCAAGCUUGAACUUAGCCCCUUUCCUGGGCCAACGGCAUAAUGGAUCUUUCCGAGGAUAUGUUGGCUCUUAGGGCCGGACGAGGCUUUAUGAAAUUCCAUGUUAUUUAAUAAGUAGAACUGGGAUUCCUCCGGAAGCCCAGUUCUGCUAGACCAUCCGCCGUUCGUGCACUACCGGUAUCCAACUAGCACUCUUGACGCCGAGCCGGUGUGAAUAGCUAGAGCCCGCGAUCUAAAGCCUUUGGCGCCAGCGCGAGCAAGACGACUAUGGCGCGUUCUACUGUAGCCCAGGCUCUUGUUGGCCUCCUUUUUGCCUUCUCCUCAGUAGCAAGAGCUUCUCCGGACCAGGCUCUGUGCAACACAAUCAAGACCAAGCUUGGCAAUGACACUGUCGAAGCUACGGACGGUACCUACGAAGCUCUCAGCACCGAGAAUUGGUCGCAAACUGUCUGGGCGAAGCCAGCAUGCAUCAUCCAACCCUCCAACGCCAAGGAGCUCACAUAUGUCGUCUCGACCGUAGUAGGCCAGAAAGCGAAGUUCGCCAUACGUUCUGGCGGACACUCGGUCGUCCCCGGAGCCGCAAACAUCAAUGGGGGCGUUUUGAUCGAUAUGGCGCGAUUCAACUCCGUGGAGUAUGAUGCGAACAAGAAAGUCGCGACGGUAGGCUCUGGACUUCGAUGGAAAGAAGUCUACACCGCGUUGGAUCCUUACAAUGUGACCGUUGUUGGGGGCAGAGUCCUAGAAGUCGGUGUUGGUGGUUUGAUCCUUGGAGGUGGUCUCUCUUACCUCGCGGACCUCCAUGGGUUGGUUUGUGACAAUGUAGUCAAUUUUGAGGUUGUCACCGCAAAGGGAACUGUUGUAAACGCAAGCGCAACGUCCAACCCGGAUUUAUUCUGGGCUUUGAAGGGUGGAGCUAACAACUUCGGCAUCGUUACGAAGUUCACAUUGAAGGCUUACGACAUCCACGAUGCAUGGGGUGGCGUCAGGGUGUAUUCGCUUGAUGCCCUGCCAGCGCUGUUUGACGCCAUGUACCAAUACCAAUCAGUUGCGAACAAGGACCCUUAUGCGAACAUCAUGUUGCAAGCUUUCCCAACCAAUGCGAGCAUCGGUGCCAUCCUGAACAUGGUGUACCUGAAGCCAGAGGCAGAACCGGAAGCCUUUGCGCCUUUCCGAAAUAUCACGCCCCUAGCGGAUCAGACCAAACUUCAGACACUGACUGAGCUCAUGCUCGCGGCGCCUCUCCCUGAGCUAACGCGUGUGAACUGGUUCAGUUCGAGCUACACCACCGACAAAAAGUUAUUCAGUCAAGUCGCUGAUAUCGUGACCAAAGCCCCGGAGAUUGAGGAGAUCUCCAAUCUGACCGCGGGGUCCCUGGCUUUCGGCUGGCAGCCAAUUUCGAGUAGCGCUGUCCUCGCGGGACAUGCUAGCGGUGGAAACCCGCUAGGGCUACAACCGGUGAACCAGACUUGGCUCGUGUUGGAUGUGGGCUGGUGGAAACCGGAAGAUGACGAGCUUGCGCACAAUUACACUCUGAGCAUAAUUGAUAAGAUCGACGACGCGUCCAAGGCCAGCGGUAACUACGUCGAUUACAUAUUCAUGAACGACGCUGCCGCCGAUCAGCCCGUGAUCGAACAUUACGGGCAAGAAAACGUGGCGAAGCUGAAGGCCACAGCGCGGAAGUACGACCCUGACCAAGUCUUCCAGAACCUGGCUUCAGGGGGGUUCAAGUUACCUUGAAGUUACCCUGACACCUUGAGGUCCGAAGAUAUUUCUUUGGUAGAUAUGCAAGGCCGAUGUAACCUAGCUGGCCAAUGGCAGAAUAAGGAUUUUCCAGAAUUGUAAUGUAUAUUGUAUAUAUUAAGAUACCCCUAUGCUGACUUGCGGUUAAGUGUUGUAUGCGAACAUACUAUGUAGUAGUGAGAUAGUAGUGGGAUAUGUAGCGCUUUGAGCUCUUGGAAUUCCUUGGUGUAUUUAUCAAAGCUAUCACCUAUCUAGAAACGUAGCUUAGCACCGGUGCCGAAUCUAUCGAAUAUCUCCGUAGCUUAUAAAUAGUGUCUUCCAAGAGCCGUGAGAACCGUGCGAGCCAUCAGGUAGUUCUUCAAGGACUAUCGCUGAAGAUGGAAACAAGCGCCGUUUCUGGUGGAAUGCGGAUUCAUAUUAGCGACUAUAGAAUUCUAU